AUGUUCGGAGUUGUGAAUCCAACUCUAGACGUUAUGCGGAUUAAAGCCUCGUACGUGCAUGAUCUCGACAGUGCCUCAGUAUUGUGCCCCGUUGUCGAACCUAGUGUGGACGCACCAUUCGAAUCUCUAGUCAUCAAGUGGAUGACGAUCGACCUGCCUCUACAGUCCACAAGUCUCGUUAAAAGUCGCGACUUCGUCUACAUUGAGGCCACGGGAGUCGUACAUUUCUCGAAUGGUGAACGCGUUGGAUACCAUUUGUUACAUUCUAUCGAUUUCCCGCAGACCAAACCGUUGCCCUCUAUGAUUCGAGGGAAUCUUUCGGUGUUUGGAUUCUUCCGACAGAUCGAGCAGAAUACUAUUGAUAUCUACGCGAGCGGUACAGUUGUCCCUGGCGGGAAGAUCGCACGGUUUCUAUCGGUCCAAGUGGCGGCGGAAGCGCUACUAUCAGCGACGAAUUAUGUGUAUUGUGGCCAGAUGAAGAAGUUAUCGUGGAUGUUACAACACCGACACUCGUCUUUCGAGCGACAAGACCAGACACGUAGCGAGACUUGUGUGGUAUGCGAAAGAAAAGUGACCAAAGGGAUCCGAGGCUUCAUUGGCGCUAGCACGUGCAAACUGUGCUACGGCUGUGUCUGUUACUCGUGCAAGGUCCGCAAGCGUAUCAGCUUCAUCGCGAUGGAUGAUCAACUUAUUCGACGAAAGAUUUCUUUCUGUACGAAGUGCGUGAGUGAGGCGACCAAGUGGGAUGCGAAAGAGGCAGCGAAAGACCAAGCGACAGGAUACCGAGCGUAUAAAGCCUUUUCGACUUCCUCGCAGUCCGAUACUAGAAGUACUGCAUCUUUGUUGUUCUUUGAUUAG